GCUUUUUAUUGGAGGAAAUUUGGUCAGCUGACAUUGUCAUCUUGUCCAUCCUAGAGUGAGGCUUUAGCAACAACAUUCGGCUUUGUGCCUUGUGUCUUUAUUGGCGUACAGAAAUACAUAAUAAAGAAAUCAUACAGCGUGCCGGUAUUAAAAGAUAGACAGAGAGAGAAAAAAAGAGACUCACUUAGUGUGAGAGAGGGAGAAUAGAGAGAGAGAGAGGUGAGAUUGAAAGGGAGGGAGGGAAAGAGAAAGAGGGAGCAAGGGAGAGAGGGAAGGUAUGAAUUCGUAUUUCGCAAACCCGUCGCUCUCAUGCCAUUUAGCUGGUGGUCAAGAGGUUUUACCUAACGUGGCCCUAAACUCAACUACCUACGACGCUGUUCGACACUUCUCAUCCUACGGAGCCGCUGUGGCCCAAAACCGGAUAUAUUCCUCGCCUUUCUAUUCGCCCCAAGACAACGUCGUGUUCGGCUCGAGCAGGGGACCGUACGAGUAUGGAUCCAACGUGUUUUACCAAGACAAGGACGUGCUGCCCAGCUGUAGGCAGAGCAGUUUGGGACAAGGUGCACAAACCUCGCUCGCGCAGGAUUACCCGUCUGAUCAGGGCAUGAACGGCUCGCAGGAACAGAAGGGGAACAUUCAGAUCUUCCCGUGGAUGCAGCGGAUGAACUCUCAUAGCGGAGUUGGAUACGGUUCUGACAGACGAAGAGGCCGCCAAAUUUACUCCCGGUACCAAACUCUAGAACUCGAAAAGGAAUUCCAUUUCAACCGCUACCUGACGAGACGCAGACGUAUCGAAAUCGCCAAUGCACUCUGUCUCACGGAACGUCAGAUAAAAAUCUGGUUCCAGAAUCGCCGGAUGAAAUGGAAAAAGGAAAGCAAUCUAACUUCGACUUUCACCGAAAGUGGUUCGGCAGGGGCGAGUCAAGACACAGGUAAAGAGGACACAGAAGAGGCGACAGAAGAGAAGAAAGAAUGAACAACUUCCUAACUUACUAUAUGCAUCAAUCCGCCGUGAUGUGAGGAAAACUUAACUACCUAUCAAGUAGCCUACCUAUCAACUAUUGUUUGGCACAAUAAAGAAACUAGUGUAUUCAAAGAUGUGGCUGCGUUAAAUGCAAUGUGGACGCUACAUAUCUUCAGACAUCAAUGUUUGCCUUUUUCAUUUCAUUCUGUAUUGGAUAUGAACAUUUCACCUUGACCACAGAAUUUAUUUCCUUACCUGACAUUCCCUUAUAUGCCCAAACUGUGUGUAACGCGAAGACAUUCAUCAUUAUAUUUUCUUAAAUGCUGUUUGACAGCAAUGAACAACAGUGGUUCUCAGAUGUCUAUACACCUAUGACGAAUUUGUUGGCAAUAUGUUUUACAAAAGUAAUUGUCAUAACAAUAUGUGAAGGAAGGUAUAAGCGUUACAUCCGCUUGAGUAACCCAUUGAUGUUUUUUUUAGUUUUGUUGUACGAAAAAACUAUAUGCUGAAUAAUAAGGACUCACACUACCUAAAUUGUUGAUAUGUUUGUAAAUAUAUGUAUAUCUAUAUUACACGUCUUAGUCCUGUGAGAGCAUUCGUCCGCAUCCCGCAGCUUUUUUGUAGUAUCUAGCUUACUUUAUUUAUGUUUAGAUAUGUACCAGUAGGCUAGCCUACAGAGAGCAUGUGGUCAAAUCAUAACUGACCGAUGUGGCUUUAAUUGUAGUGUUAGAUGAAAAUCCAAAAUAAAACAAUAACAGUGAUGUAGGCUAUGAAAUUCACGUCAAGUCAUAUUU